UUUUGAUCUCAUACCCCAUAUAACCAGGAACCUCACUUCUACCUUCAAACAAGAAACAACCAUCCACAACUUUGCAGCUUAUUCUACACAUACAAACCCCAUAAGUGUGUAGAUAGAAACAUGGCCACCACAUCUGCCGCAGUGCUUAAUGGCUUGAGCUCCUCUUUCUUGACUGGUGGCAAGAACAGUCAGGCCUUGUUGGGUGCUCCAGUUGCCGCCAGAGUUGGUGGUGUUGCCACUCCCAAGAGGUUCAUUGUGGCGGCAGCGGCUGCUCCCAAGAAAUCUUGGAUUCCUGCUGUUAAAGGUGGUGGAAAUUUGCUUGACCCUGAGUGGCUUGAUGGCUCACUCCCUGGUGACUAUGGUUUUGAUCCACUUGGUCUUGGCAAGGACCCUGCAUUCUUGAAAUGGUACAGAGAAGCAGAGCUCAUUCACGGCAGAUGGGCAAUGGCUGCAGUAUUGGGCAUCUUUGUUGGUCAAGCCUGGAGUGGCAUUCCAUGGUUCGAGGCUGGUGCUGACCCCGGUGCUAUUGCACCUUUCUCUUUUGGCUCACUUCUUGGCACCCAACUUCUACUCAUGGGGUGGGUUGAGAGCAAAAGGUGGGUGGACUUCUUCAACCCUGAAUCUCAGUCAGUAGAGUGGGCAACUCCGUGGUCCAAGACUGCUGAGAACUUUGCCAACUUCACUGGCGAACAGGGUUACCCUGGCGGCAAGUUCUUUGAUCCCUUGGCCUUGGCUGGUACACUUAACGAUGGUGUAUACAUCCCUGACACAGAGAAGCUUGAGAGACUGAAGGUUGCUGAAAUCAAGCAUGCUAGACUUGCUAUGUUAGCCAUGUUAAUUUUCUAUUUUGAGGCCGGGCAAGGAAAGACACCCCUCGGAGCUCUUGGCUUGUAAGGAGUUUCAUAUUAAACAUUUUCAUUGUAAAGAGUCACUGGAUGUAGAAAAGAAGAAACCAAAGCAUGGACUAGUCACUUCAUGCUUUUCCCCCUUGUGAUAAUUCAAAUCCUUCCCCCUUGAGACAGUUUAUCAUCUUACAAACACUAUAAUUGAAGAACAGAUUUAUGUU